AUGGCUACAAUUGCCUUACCACGACCUAUCCCACCGGGACACACCAGAUCAUCUUCAUCAUCACAUCCACAUCCCUUAACUUCCACUAUAAGCCUCGAUCAUAUCAAUACAUCAGCUGCAUUUCCAAUUCCUAUCCCAAAUAAACAUCUGCCAGUGUGUCCGACAGGUCCAGCACCUUCCGAGAAACCAGAUACCCCUCCUCACUCUCCACCGACCAAAGAACUUUCCUUGUCCCAACGUUCACUUUUAUAUCCACCAGUCAAUUAUAACUCUUAUUAUGUUGACUCUUCCAUCAUAUAUGAAAUUGAUGCGGCCGGUGUAGCGGCUGCUUUGAAACAUUUGGCAGGACAACCUCUACCCGAUCCAUCUCAGGUCUUUCCAUGGUACCAUGGUCUGCAUCCUUGCAAUCUCAUGCAACAAACAUUUUUUAUACAACGGCGGCGACACUUACUAAGAACACCGAAAUGCAUUCGAGGUAUAACAAUUGUAAAGGCCGGUGGAGAUUUGACAUGUUCGAGACUGAAAGGUGCAAUCACUCCUGAUGAAUUCUUGGAAUUUGGAACGACGACAGAGUUUCAAGAUAUUAAUCCGAAAGAAGGUUUCUCGGUACGAAACUUUCAAAUCCAAGUAGCGAAAUCUGCCAUGGUAUCGGAUAUAAUUGUCUAUGGAGACGAUUUCCCCCUUGUCAAGAAAUUGGCCAGGGAAAUUGCUGCUGCACAACAAAUUGUUCGUGAGACUCAUGUCAAUCAACGACAUGAAUUGUCUCAGUACAAUACUUUUAUAUGUACAAGCCCUUUUGUUGAAUUCGAGAAAAAACAUCCACAAAUUGUUUCGGUCGAUUCUCAGGCUCGAUGGACUGGCGAAGUCAUGGAUUUCUUCCAUCAAGAGAGAGUGGAGAUGUGCGCUAUGACCAAAGCUUCCGAGAUUCAUCAUAAUGUUUGGUUGGGUCCGACCCCAGAUGGACUUUUAGACGAUCCAGCUUCUUUGCAAGGACAAUUCGAUAUUCUUAUCGAAUGUAAUGAUUCAGGUCAAAUACAACCCUGGGACUUACAAGAUAUUGCGGAGGGUAGAACGGACAAAUGGCAAUUAGGAUUUCCGUCUUCUGGUAUGAUUCAACCCUCGUCCUGGGAAUAUGAAGAAACCGAUGGGAUUCUUGAAACGUGCAAAUGGAUAUACAAUCUUGCUCACGGAAUCUUACCGAGGGAUCAAGACGGUGAUACUCCUAGGAUCAUCAAGACAAUGGAAAGAAAGGUCUUGAUUCAUUGUACUGAUGGCUACACCGAAUCCACUCUCCUCGGUCUUACAUACUUCGCCUAUGCCACAGGUCUCUCUGUCCCUAAAGCCUGGCUUGAUUUGCAUAUGUCAAAGAAACGCAAUUUCUUCGCUUACCCGAGCGACGUCACUUUUCUCACAACAAUUGCACCCCGACUUCUUUCCGAAUCGCCUGUUAAUCAAGGUAAAAACUUAGCGGAUUCCACCAAAUUAGCUAGAGAGCAACCAAAAUGGAUAAAAGCUAUGGAUGGAAGUCUACCUUCUAGAGUCACUGAUUACAUGUAUCUCGGGAACCUUGGACAUGUCAACAACCCGGAUCUUCUACGGCAUCUGGGCAUCAAACAAGUUUUGAGUGUGGGAGAAACAGCAACUUGGAAGGAUGGUGAGAUGGAUAAAUGGGGAAAGGAUAACGUGAUGGUAAUACAAAGAGUGCAAGAUAACGGAGUAGAUCCAUUAACCGAAGAAUUCGGACGAUGUUUGGAUUUUAUUGAAAGAGGCAAACUUAACAGCACCGCAACAUUAGUCCAUUGUCGCGUGGGCGUUUCUAGAAGCGCAACCAUCUGCAUAGCGGAAAUCAUGCGCACAAUGCAUCUAUCAUUUCCACGAGCAUAUUGUUUUGUGAGAGCCAGAAGAUUAAACGUCAUUAUCCAACCCCAUUUGAGGUUCACUUACGAGCUUCUAAAAUGGGAAGAGAAACUCAAGAUGAGAGAGGGGAGGUUUGGAGGUAAGGGAUGGGGGAGGGAAUUGGAGUGGGCGGAUAUUGCGAGGGAGAUUGCGGAGAUGAAUAGACCGUACAGUGCUAGAUGA